UUAAAAAUAAUUCACGAGGUACGACUUAAAAAUAUACAACAGCAUUUACCUUAUACUGCGUGUUUACCUUUGCACAGGUACCAUAGUUUAAUCAAGACGAUUGCUCGAAAUUUUCUCGUUCGUUUAGGUGCAGAUCUUAUUACAUCACUAUAUAUAAAUAUGUCAGCUUGUAACGGUGCCUAAUACAGGCUGCUUUGAGCAACUUCCGACUCGGGAUCACCUCAAAUUUUAUUAUUCGCGUGUCUGCACAUGCAUUUAAAAGAUUGCAUAUGAUUUAGUUAAGUCGAAAUUGUCAUCGCCUGUUGCGUUCUUUAUGCAUUUUGACCAAUCUUCCACAAAGAUCCACCACUUAUUCGGAAAACGCUUCUCCAAGACGGUCACACUGACGAUCCUCACUCGCGCAGGCGCAUGGCAGGCUUUCCCUCGUUUCUUGCAUUUUUAAAGUAAAUCACCCGCGAUAACCACGAUCGGCGGCCCAUCUCCCGGAAGUUACCACCACAAAGUAUCAUUCUCGUCGCACGAUUCCUCGCUCCUCGAAGACUACAAUCAUCCUUCGAUCGUCGCAAACUUUUCUUCCCCGCAUUCUUAAGUAUGUGACGAAAAUAUACGUCUCACGAUUGGCCAGUGACGACCAAGGUAGGGCCUGCUUCCGAGCGCACAUGUUAAUAUUUUGAGACUUAUCUGCUGGUGAAGGUCCGACGUUGCGAACGAAGCCGCACUCGAGGAGUCGCACCUUGUUCGUCGACGUAGCGGAAGCGGAAACUCGAUCUAACGUGAUGAUACCAACCAGUACCGUCAGCAAACCGGUGAAAAUCGGCCUCCAUCUCACUGGAGUCUGGCCAAACACUUCUGUCUUGUUCAAGCUGCUCUGGACGUUGGUGAUGGGAACAGGACUGAUCUUCCAGUAUCAAUACUUACUUAAUCACUUCAGCACCAACGAUCUGCCGAAUCUGAUAGACGGUUUGAGUACUACCUUGCCGUAUAACUUGCUGUUUUUCAAGCUGGUUGUCUUGUGGAUCAACAAUCGAGUAUUCGUCGAUAUCCUAAGGGCGAUGUCCAAAGAUUGGCGCAAAUAUUCCAACAUGUACGCCAUGAUCGACAAAGCGGUGCUGUCGCAUCGUUGCUCCAAAUUGAUCAUCGGCAUUUAUUCGACGGCGGUGUUGCUCUACAGCACCGCGUCCAUCGACUUAAGAAACAAUGGCGGCAGUUGUCGGGAGAUGCUUAUAAAAAUGGAGUUACCCUUUGCCUCCUGCGAAUCACCCAUUUAUGAGAUCGUCAUGUUCGUGCAGUUCAUCCAUCUGCUGGCGGUCGCCUGGUCUAUAGGUGUGAUUGAUGCGUUAAUUGUGACGUUGAUGCUGCACAUUGGCGGGCAAAUAGAUAUCAUUCAUCAGCAAUUAGACGAGAUCUGCCCCAACGACGAACACUACGACUUAUCCAGCGGCGUCGCGAGGUCCUUAGUCAGUAAGCAUCACAAAAUCAUUGCUUUCUCGGAGAGCAUCGAGAGCCUCUUCAGCCAGAUCGCGCUGAUGCAAUUCCUCUCGAACACGAUGAUUAUGUGUUGCAUCGGAUUCCUCGUGGUAACCACGUUAGGUACCGACGACGGCAUCAGGAUGUUGAUAAAGACCUCCUUUUUCUACAUCGCCAUGACCAUGGAGUCGUUUAUUUUUUGUUUCGCCGGUGAAUACCUGAGUAACAAAAGUAAAACGGUCGGCGACGCGGCAUACGAAUCUCUUUGGUAUAUCCUGAAGCCGCGGGACGGCCGCAUUCUGUUGCUCAUGAUAAUGAGGUCGCAAAGACGGCUGACGAUCACCGCAGGAAAAUUUAUGGACCUGUCGCUGCAAGGAUUCACGAACAGUUUGAAAGCCUCCGCAUCGUAUAUAUCCGUUUUGUACGCAAUGUAUUGA